GUUUCUAUGCUGAUGUCAGUCAGAAUGGAUCCUCCUCUUCCUCUGAUGUUUCUGAUCUUGAUUCAUGGGGUUUCUAGUGCUGAAUGGGGUGUGAAUUACAGACAUUCACACAUCUGUGCACUACAUGACUCUUCAGUGACACUGAGCUGUAAUUACACAUACCCUACUGGAUAUCAGAUCAGGGAACUCUUCUGGACUAAAAACCCUGUAAAAGUUGAAAAGCUUCGAGAUCUGUCUGAGGACCCGGAAUACAGUCAGAGGCUUCAGUAUUUGGGAGAUGAACAGCAGAACUGCACCAUCAGAUUGAGUCAUGUGACAAAGAAAGAUUCACACGUGUACUUUUUCAGAUUCACAACUAAUGUAACAUAUGGAAAUUGGACCGGUUAUCCAGGAGUGUCUCUUACUGUCACAGAUCUUCAGGUGGAGUCUCCGGAGACAGUGAAAGAGGGAGAUUCAGUCCGUCUGACAUGUAAAAGCAGCUGCGCUCUGACUGACAGAGCAACAUUCAUCUGGUACAGAAACUCACAGCCAUUAACUGAGAGAAGAGACAGAAACAAUCAACUCCUGCUGCAGUCAGUCAGAAGAGAGGAUGCAGGCAGAUACAGCUGUGCUCUACAGGAACACACUUACAAUUCUCCUGCUGUUCAGCUCGAUGUCAUGUACCCACCAAAGAGUGUCUCAGUGUCCAUCAGUUCAUCUGGUGUAAUAGUGGAGGGAGAUUCAGUGACUCUGACCUGCAGCAGUGAUUCAAACCCUCCUGCAGAAAUCAGCUGGUUUAAAGGAGGAAUGAUUGUAGGAUCUGGAAGAAUCUACACCAUAUUAAAGAUUAGCUCUGAUCACAGUGGAGAAUACAAGUGCAAAUCCAGAAAUAAACAUGGAGAGAAAUACUCUGAAACUGUCACUUUAAAUGUCAUGUAUCCUCCCAGGAAUGUCACAGUGUCCAUCACUGAGUCUGGUCAGAUCUGGGAAGGUGAUUCGGUGACUCUGAUCUGCAGCAGUGAUUCAAACCCUCCUGCUCUGAACUUCAGCUGGUUUAAGGAGAAUCAAAGGUCCUCUGUUGGAUCUGGACAGAGUUUCAGUGCACUACAGAGUGGACGCUUCUACUGUGAGGCUCGCAAUCAACACGGAUCUCAGAGAUCCGAUGGUGUUACUGUCACUGUUAAAGGACGUCUGGUGAUAUUGUACAUAUCCAUUGGAGUGGUUUCUGGAGCUUCAGUUCUCAUCCCAGUGCUGCUGAUUUGGAGAAGCAGGAUGAAAAAGAGAAAAGACAAUCUCAAAAUUCAGUCAAAGAUGGAUCAUUCCAGACCUGAGGAUGACAGAUACAAAGCAUUUGAUGUUGAUACGACUGAACGUUUGUAUGAGAAUGUAAUAAUGAAUUAUUCCAGAGCUCAUGAUGACAGACUUAAUGACUAUGAUCUGGAGUCAACUGAACCUGUGUAUGAGAAUGUAAUGCGUGACAGGCCAUAGUGUUUGGGACAUGUGGCAAAACAUUUUACAGCCAUUUUCUAUUUCUCUGUGGGAGCAGCCUAAAUGAUGGACAGUGUCUUGAUUCACAGAAAUUAAUUUAGAAACUGUUUCUAUCACAGAGUGACUUACAAAUGAUAAGCCUUAAGUGCUGACAUUUUAUUUGACUGUAUUUUAAAGCAUAAAAUUAUUUUAUGAAUUAUAAUGAAAAUGAUCAUGUAAGAUCUCAUUUGAUGUUAAUUUUACCAUA